AUGUUUGACAACGUCGUUUUUAUGUCGACUAAAUUUUUCAAGAAAAGUUCUAAGAUCGAUCCCGACGAUUCUUUAACAAAAGAAAAGGUGAUAUAUACAACAGACUGUUUGAAGCGCCCAGAACUUAUUAACGACGUCAUCCAAAAUUUUGAAAAACAUUAUUUGAUGGAAUUAAGACUGAAAGACAAAAAGUUUAUAAACAACAUCGACGUGACUCAGAUUACCAGUCUCACUGCACUGAGUGUAUUCCAACCACUGGGAACAGUCAAUUUGAAAAUACCAAGUGGUGUUGAGAGACUUGAAAUAUAUGCACACGAAUAUAAAAGUUUUAAAGCAAAUUUGGAGAAUGUAAAACACUUAGAAAUUGUUGGAAAUUUAGAAGAAAAGAUGCCCGAAAAUAUUGAAUUUUUGAAGACUGGAAAAAUAAGGGACUGGAGUUGUUGCACCAAGUUAAAAGAAAUUGUGUUGACCAAUUUUGAGAGUGAAAAUCGAGGAAAUAUACCAAAUGAAAUGGUACAACUCAAUUUACCAAUUUGCACAAGUAAAUUGGUAGUUGAAAAAACAAACGGAUACAAUUUUGAUUUAUCAGAAAGUUGUGUUGAAUUACUGGAAGUAAUUAACAGUCGAAUUGAUACCAUUGUUGCACCUAAAAGUAUGAAGAAAAUAAUGUCUGAUUUCAAAAUCGGAGAAAUUGUUAAUUAUUUGGGAGAAUAUAUUUUAUUAAAAGAUGUUAUAGAACCCAAAGUCGAUGAUGAAAUAACAGAUGAAGCAAAGAAAUGCGUUUUACAAUAA